UAAAAAAUCCGCACGCGUCAUUUGAAUUUAACAAGCGAACUGGGGUGGAAAGAAGAGAAAGCAAUAACGCGACGCUUGUUUGUUUCGCCAUCGCUUGGUGCAAUUUGAAAACUGUUUUUUUAAACCAGAAACCAAAAAAGCGCAACUUAUAAAUUGACUGCGGAUCCUGAUCUACAAUACAUUUAAAAACGUAAUGCCCAGACCGAAGGCGAAGGCGGUUGAGAAGGCCAAACCAAAGGCAACGGGCAGCAGGAAGCGUCCGGCGGUUACCAAGAAAUCCAACAAAGAUGGGGAAAAGGAGAACGAGGAUCAGGGUGCGGCCACCUCGACCACUGCCUCCGUAUCCUGUUCUGCGGAGGCCAUGUACGCGAUAAUGCGACACGCCGAGCUCAAGGAAUCCCUGCACCAGCGCUAUGUUAAGGAAAUGCAGCAACUGUACAUAAAGAUGGGCCACGAGUCCUUCAAGUGGGCCUUCAUCAACGUUCUGAAGGCGGUCCUCGAAGCGGAGGAGGGCAAUGAGAACGCCACCAUGGCCCUAAACUUUUGCGCCAGUUUCGUCGCUACUCCUGAUGAGAAUCGCACCGAGCCCAUGCUGGGGGAAACCUUCCACUGGCUGCUUACCACCUAUUCCAGCAAUCCGCACAUCCGCUAUCGAAUUUGCUACUUUAUUAAUCUCAUACUCAAGAAACUGGGACCCAAUGCCGCCCUGGAUGACAACCAGUGCGAUGAUAUCCUGGAGGCUAUGUUGGACCGAGUGAAGGACGUGUCUGCCAGUGUGCGCAAGCAAGCAGUUCUGGCCAUGCAGCGCCUACAAAAUCCAGACAAUCCGAACGAUCCUGUCGUCUGUGCCUAUCAGUACCAUUUGUCCGCCGAUCCGUCGCCCAAUGUGCGACAGUGCAUCAUCACAUGCAUGGGCCGGAACUACAUUACUAUUCCGCACAUCCUUCAGCGGUUGUGGGACGUCGAUGAAAAGGUGCGCCGCCACACGUACGUGAACAUGUGCAACUACCCGGUGCGCUCGUACAAGGUGGCCCAGCGGCUUACCCUACUGGAGCAGGGGCUCAACGACACCUCAGCCACCGUGCGUAAAACGGUGGUCAACUUUAUGCUCAAGACGUGGGUCGAGUCGUACCAGCAUAACUAUAUUGCCCUCACGGCGGCCCUUAAGCUGGAUUCCGACGAGGAGGAGCUGCUGCGCUUCCGACGCGUGGCGAAGCAAAUGCUGAGGGUGAUCUUCGAGCAAACGGACCACCUGAAGCUAGUCGAGCAGCUGCCGUUGAGCGACGAUUGCGAGCUGCAUCGCUGCAUCCCUCACGAAUCGCUGACCGUGGAACUGCUUAUCUACUGGCAAUGCCUCAGCGAGUACCUGGACAUGGAGGCUCCCGAAAUGGACCCGGUGCUGCCGGAACUCAGUGUCUUUUGUAACUACGUAGAAAAAUUCUGCCAAUUUCAAAAGCCAGACAUGGACAAGUUUGCCCAGGUUGAGUUCCAGAACAUGCUGCUCUCGCUGGUGGAGAUCCUGCAGUCAUACGAUCUCGGGGACGAAAUCGGACGGGGCAACAUGCGCCUGCUGAUCACCAACCUGUUUAAGGAUUGCCUGCUGGACCACAAGAUCGUAAACGUGCUAGUGCGCUGCAUGGAGCAACUGAUCACGGACAUGAACGAUCGGAUGCAGUUCUUCAUCGAAAUCAUCUACGAGCUGUGCGAGCUUAACACCAAGCAGAACGAGCUGAUUCACGACCGCAGUUUGAUUAAUAAGUUGCUGGACGACUUGGACACGCCUCUGAAGAUGAAGAUCUCCUCGCUGAAGGUCAAGAUCCUUGAGAUGGAGGAGCAGGAGGACAAUUAUGUGCGCCAGAAGGAGUACAUACGUGCGCAGUCUGUGAACGAUGAGAAGACCGCCGUCACCGAAGAGUACACUGAGUUGAUCCGGCCGCUGUUGGAAAAAAACGGCCUGCUUGAGAUGCCCGCACGGCCAAAGCUUUCCAAGCAAGAGCGCGUCUUGAAGGGACUGUACACCUGCUACUACAUGACAGCCUCUCCGCACGUCCACAAGCUGACGCCAAGCCUGUGCCAGCUGUACAAGGACUUCAUAUGCCGCUACCUGCCCUGCGGCGAGGUGGACAUCUUCGAGUGGGCCAUCAAGUGCGGCACCACCUACAGCAUGUUCUACGAGGCCUACAGCAAGGAGGUGUUUGAGGUGGUGGUCGACCAGUUUUGCAACAACAACAUCGUGCGACUGUGCGAGACGGCGGCGAUCUGUAUUUUGGAGCUGUUGGACAACUACGGCUUGGACUACUUCAACGAUUUUAAUCAAACCGGCAGCCAAGUGUCGAAGACGAAGCGAAGACAGCUCUACACAAUGCAGGAGCUCUACGACGACGACGAUGGCAGCCAAUCGCAGAACAACGAACAGAACACCGACAUCAUCAUGGUAAUGGGCCACUACAUGGAGCGAGUGCAGAACAAAGGCGUUGGCCUAGCCAUCGUUCGGGGGCUCUGCCGUUUGGUGCUUCGCGGUCAUUUAGACGAUCGACCGGAUGUGUUGGAGCAGCUGCUGAAGCGGUAUUUCAACCCAAACACCGAGCCCAUUAUCAGCCAAGUUUUGGGUAUGUUUUUUGAGGAGCUAAGGCGCCUCAACAAGCAGAAUCUUCUCCAGCCUUGUUUCCUGUCCACUGUUUGGACCAUCAUGAACUGUAGUUAUGACUCGCCGCUUAAUGGCGUCCAACCCGAACACUUGACCAAGUUUUUCCUCGAAAUGACCGUGCAAGAGGUCAGCACACCCCAAAAGAAUAUCCACAACAAGAUGGCAAUAAGUAUUCUGCAGUAUAUUCAAAACUACUUUACGGAGCGCAAAGAUAUGUGCCGGCUUCUGGCAAAGGAGCUCACGAAUCUCUCAGUGAACGUCUUCAACGGGCCGGAGAUUAAGACUGAAAUUCUCGAUUUGGCGGACAAGCUGAUAGCUAGCGAAUUGGAUCCUCGAAUGAUUAAGAACAUUGAGAACUUUAAGCUUUUGGUCAAUGGUAGUUUUAAUCCGCCUCCGCGCAGGAAUCCGGAGGACGGCGAAAGCGAUGAGGAGUGCGAGACAGCCACAGUGACAACGGCGGAAUCGGAAACGGCAGUGCCAGUACAGACGGCAGCCCCUCUUCCCGAGGAUCCUACCAACGAGGCGAGUCAUACUCCUCCUGCGGAAAUUUCGCAAACUGAAACAAGCGUAGUGGUGGAGGCCGCUUCCACUCCAAAAGCAGUGGACCCAGCAGCACCAACACCCGAACCGAUUGUGACCACCUAUGGGAAAGAUAACAUCAUAGGGAUACGACACCUUCGUCGCUCCAUGGCCAUUAGCCAUGCGGAUGCGGAGAGCUUAUUGGGCAUUCAGACAAGUGAUGUGGAAGAAAGCCCGGAAACGGAGGUCGCAGAAACAUCCAAACGAAACCUACAAAGGCCACAGAUGAGAAGACGACUUGAAAUGGCAAUGGCUAGGUCAUCUAAGACACCCGAAAAGCGGCCCCCUAGUGAAAAGGAAUCAUCCGAUGAGGAGAUAAGCGAGAGUCCGAACAGAGAAGAUAGGUCGAACGAUUCGGAGGUGAUCGAGGCAUCGCCCACAGCCGGCUCGCCUAGUCCGAAAAGCGCUCCGGAUGCCAGCUACCUGCGUCUUCGUUCGCUCCGCACCAGGAAAGGCGCCGCAGCAUCCACAUCCCAGUCCACUCCCACCCAACCUAGCAAACGAAAGGUCCUGCAUCUGGAGACGCCUCUGAGAAACGGACGAAAAAGAGUGCUCAGGCGGACUCCUUCAGAUCCAAAGUCUCAUUCCCUGCGCCACAGUGAUUCUACUGCUCAAUCGUCGCCCCGCAAUUCCCCGCUGCGUAAACAGCAGCGCCUUGACAACAGGAGUUCCCGGCGACAGCAGAUUGCAACGACCACAAACAGUCCCACGGACAGCACGUCGUCGGUGAAGGAAAAUCAAGUGCCUCCAGCGAUUGUCGUUCAAUCGGAGUCCGAUUCAGUGCUAAUAUCCGAUUCUGAAUCUGAAACUGAAACGCCGGCAACCAGGAAGGCAAAGUCCAAAAAGCCGGUCAAAAAAGGGCUGCCCGAGAUUCGAUCACGGCCCAGUGCCAGCACUCCAAAGGUAACCACGCGAAACGAGGCACGCGCCCAGCGGAUAAGCUCCAUGUGCAUGACACGGAAACGGAUGUCCCUCGAGAUGAACCUCAGUGGCGGGCAGCUGCAAGUAUCCACGCCGAAGCGUCUGACUCGGGCCGUGGCCCUCACCAUGAGCAUGGACGGAAAGCGCAGCAGGAGAAAAUAGCAUCAGAGUUGGAUUCACCCCUAUCAUUUCCCGUUCUGUGUUCGUUUGUUAGAGUUUAGUUUCGUGGCCGUUUAUUUUUGUACAAUAUCUGUAAAUUAUGUAGUAGUUUCAAGUUUAAAUAAAUCGUUGAAUAGUUUAA